CAAGCCAAAGAGUACUCGAGCGCGCACAGCUGCCGAAAAAGUAGAAACGGACAACCGAUAACCGAACCGCAGAGUAAAACGCCUGAGCCAAGUUAUAACCGUUUACUUUGGCUAUUUUCCGUACCGAUUUUAUAGGAGUCGUUAUUUGCUAGAUGCAUUGUUCAAUUGUAGUGUACGGCUGAUGCGAUUGACGGUCGAUACGUCUAUCCGCACAAACCGAAAACAUUUCGGCCAACCGACCAUCGCUAUCUUAGCAACAGCAUUAGUGUCCAUAACAAGCCGUAUUGGUGACCGCGUACAACGCAAGACAAUUGAAAGAAUUUUAUUUUACUAACGGGUUGACGCACCGCAUAAUUGCAAAAACAAAUAGAUUCAUUAUAGAAAUACUAGUAAUAGGAGCGAGGUGAAGCAACAAAAAAAAAAAACAAAAGGAAACGCGCAGCGACGAAAGUCAACAAAAAAUCUAAAGUGCAUGCAAGUGAAGUCGAGGAAGACGAGUGUGUGAAAGGAAUGCGCCCGAUUGAUUUUAAAAUCUUGCAUUAAACUACAAAGUGACAAAACUUUUGUGCUGCUGAAAAAGAAUUACAAAAAAAAAAACACAAAAACAACUAGCAACAAGGUGCAUGCGCGCUGAUAACAGUUCGUUUUCCAAGGAGUCUUAACUUUUGGCAUUCAUGUACGCACAGCAAGCGCGCGCGCGGACCAAAAUGUGAAUUGCGUUCCCAACUAUGCAGAACAUAAACAUUGAAAAGUAAACAUCCAACGGAUAAAACUGUUUUUUUUUUAAACAAAUCCCACAACCAAGUGUAGGUUCCCUCGAACGCUUCGUCAAAAAAGUGCCGACCUUGGUUCGCCGCGUCCAAAGUGCUCGCGUCGUCUAAGUCCGUCGGUGAUUUGAAAUCGUCUUAUUUCAUCCGCGCGACCAGUGAACAGCCGCCAACAUAACGGCGCAAUUAUUGAACAGUUUCCUGAAGGGAUCGCCCCACCAGACGACGAUCGACAUCAUGCAAAAACUAUACGCGGAGGCGCCGAGCAACGGGCCUCCGGUCAGCAUGAGCAGCAGUGUCGGCGCUGGUAGUGGUGGUGGUUCUAGCAGCGGCGGAGGUGGUGGCACAAAUGCUGGUGGCGGCGGCGGUGGUGGAAGUGGCGGUGGCGGCGGUAAUCCUUCGAUUCCUCACUCAAACAUUCCAACCAGCAACGGCGGCACAAUGAGCCCGCUCGCCCGCAGCGCAUACACAGCUAUGAAUUCCAUGGCCAUGCCCGUUGGUGGCAUGUCCUCCGUUUCACCACAGACCGCCGCGUUUGGUGCACUCGAAUCCGCUGCGGCGGUGGCUAGCAUGAGCGGCGCCCACGCUAUGAACUCCAUGGCUGGCAACUGCAUGACGCCCAGCUCGAUGAGUUAUGCAUCGAUGGGCUCACCGCUGGGCAAUAUGGGAAAUUGCAUGGGCGGCGGCAUGUCAGCAAUGACGGCUAUGGGUGGCUACUCCUCCAUGGCGGCAGCAGCCAGCGCACGUGAACUGGACACGGGCUCGCCGAAUUCAUUAAAUCGUGCUCGUAUUGACAAACCGACCACCUACCGCCGGAGUUAUACACACGCUAAGCCGCCCUACUCGUACAUAUCGCUGAUCACAAUGGCGAUACAGAAUAAUCCGUCACGCAUGCUCACACUGUCGGAAAUCUAUCAGUUCAUUAUGGAUCUGUUUCCAUUCUACCGCCAGAACCAGCAACGUUGGCAAAACUCUAUACGUCAUUCGUUGUCCUUCAACGACUGUUUCGUGAAGAUACCACGCACACCAGACAAGCCCGGCAAGGGUUCCUUCUGGACGCUGCACCCUGAUUCCGGCAACAUGUUCGAGAAUGGUUGUUAUUUGCGGCGCCAAAAGCGCUUUAAGGACGAGAAGAAGGAGGCCCUACGUCAGCUGCACAAGAGUCCGUCGCACAGUAGUCUGGAAGCGACGAGUCCUGGCAAGAAAGACCACGAAGAUUCGCACCAUUUACACCACCAUCACAGCCGGCUGGAAAACCACCAGCAGCAUCACCAUAGCAAAGAUAUAACGGGUGCAGCGGUGGGCGGCGCGGGCAGUGUACUCGGCAGCGCCGUUAGUCGAGACCAGUUGGCCAUGAUGCAAGCCAAUGCCGAGCUUUGCUUGGGCCAACAGGCGGCACAACAUGCACCCAGCCACCACCAUCAGCAACAUCAUCAGCUGCAGCACGAAGAGCUUUCGGUCAUGGUGAAUAGAUGCCAUCCAUCCUUGAUCAGCGACUACCACCCCUCCAUGCAUCAUCUGAAGCAAGAACCAUCCGGCUAUACGCCAUCCAGCCAUCCCUUCUCCAUCAACCGCCUCCUGCCGGAGUCCAAGGCGGACAUCAAGAUGUACGACAUGAGCCAAUAUCCCGGCUACAAUGCGCUCAGCCCAUUGACGAAUUCACACGCGGCCUUAGGACAGGACUCGUACUACCAGAGUCUCGGCUAUCAUGCGCCAACCGGCACGACUAGCUUGUGACA